AUGCCAACGGGGGCUAUGCCUCUGCCGCCUCCGGGAGCGCCCGUGCCCUUACCGCUCCUGCCUCCGCAGCCUCCUUCACCAACUACGGCCAAGUCGGCUACGCCAGCUCCUGGAUGUACUCAAGCUGGACAAUCACAAGCGUCUAAACCUUUCAAUCAUCGUCUCGUCAAUCCAUCUGCAGCGUUCAAGCCAAAGUCGGGGCCUGCUCGCACGAUGUCGAACAACGAGACCAAUACUUCCGAUUCUCCUCCCGAGAACACGGAACCAGCGAUUGCGGACCCGCCGUCGACACCGACCGGGUCCACAGGUCCUGAUGCGUCGCCCAAGCCUGGCGCUGCCACAUCCCCCACAGAGUCGCAUCCAGUCACAACUGGUAAGGGUUUGGUCCGGCCAAGUUCACCCAAUGUCUAUGCGUCUUAUCCCCCGCCAUCAUCCAAUCAAGCAAGCCUCAUGUCGACAUUCAAGAUUAGUCCGCCGCCGAACCAGGCUGGUAUGAUGUCGACAUUUUCGAUUCAUACUCCCUCCGCGGGCCGCGAUUCCGCUUCAAAAAAAAGAAAACAAAGUGCUUCGAAAGCUUCGACUGCUCCCAAAUCGAAGGUCAGCGUGCCGGUUGAGGUUAUGGACGCAAGCGCUUCGUCAAAGAAGGGAUAUGAACCUCGCGCAGGCGCUGGAAUGGGAUUAACUACACCUACACCGGCACGCUCCACUACCGAUAGCGCAGAUGCCAGUCCCUCCGUCUUGUCUGAUAUGCACUCCCUCCCAAUCUUAACCCCGGCGUUUGACCCUCGAACGGUCCUCCCUACUCUAGGAGCCGCAGCCACGCAAGCGCUUACAAUAUCGGAUGUGUCUGCCGUGAAAGACAAGGAAGCUUCCAAAAUCAUUCCUGGGACCGGAGUGUUCACAUCGCGCGUGGACGGUGAAAGCAACAAAAGGCAAAGGGUUGGUGUUAGUCCGUCCCUGUCGGCGUCUGAUAUUGGAGCCGACCCAUCUGAAAUCACACAAUCACCUGCUCUGCCAGUAGCCGCCGAAGUUGAGGCCAGCAAAAGUGAUUCUGUCACUUUCGACGCUGAACGAGUGUCGGCUGAACCCUCACCUACAGAGCAGUCGGGCGAGCAAACGCAGGAGCUCCUAUCGAGCAACAUACCGAAUGAUACCGGUCCUGUACUAGACAACGGAGCGAAUCAUACGAUAACCGACGAAGGACUGAGCCUUGCGGCUGAUGUUAUGAAAGAAGUUCAGCCUACCCUGGAGGCUGAACUAGGAUUGGAAUUGCCUGGUGAAGAUGAUGUUCCCGGACUACUAACGUGA